GAGGGUAGUGGGUUCAUUUGGGCUUUUUUCUCUCACUUUUAAUGUGUGAAGUGAACCAAAAACUGGUUCACUUUGUGGUUCAUUUGGUGAUGGGUGGAAGGAGAGAGUGAAUUUGAGAAUCCAAAAUUCAAAGUGACUGAAGAUGGUGCCUGGGGAUGGGAUCGGGUGGGGGCAGCAGUAGCAGUGGCAGGGUGGGAGUGCCCUGGUGCCCUUGGAGAUGAGGGACCUGCCAGAGAUCCUUUCCUGCCCCCAGGUUGAGCAGGACAAGCUGCCCCAUGGGCGGGGGAGCAGAGCUGCAGGCUGGGGGUGGGACAGGGCUUUGCACUGCUCAGCCUUGGCACAAACCCGCCCUCCAGCCCGUGCAGGGGGUCCCAGGAGAGGGCAGACAGGGGAUGGCCAAAUCAAUGGCCCACAACCCAUUUGUGCUGCUUUCUCUUCCUUUUCAGGGAAACAAGCCCAGGAACUCGCCUGGAGAAGACACGCAGUGCCUAUAGAAGCAGCGAACGUGGUUCUGGAUCCAGACACAGCCCACUGUGAGCUUGUCCUGUCUGACAAUGGCAAAGGUGUGAAACGACUUGACACACGACAGGACAUCCCCGACACCCCCAAGAGAUUUAACCCGUGGCGCUGCGUUCUGGGCUGUGAGGGCUUCACCUCGGGGAGACACUACUGGGAGGUGGAGGUGGAGAAUGCAGGAGAAUGGAUUGUGGGGAUUUUUAGAGAUGGUGCGGAAAGGAAGGGUGAUAUUGAGUUUAAACCAGAGAAAGGCAUCUGGGCAGUAGGGAAACGGCCAGAACUGAAAGCUUUCACCUCCCCUAGUCUGACUAUAUUUCCUGAAAUCAAGGCUCCCAGGCGGAUCCGGGUCUCUCUGGAUUAUGAAAUGGGACAGGUGGCAUUUUUCAGUGUUGAUGAGGGGAUUCCCAUUUUCAUGUUCCCACGGGCAUCAUUUGGGCGGAAAAAAGUCUACCCUUGGGUCUGUCUGGGUUCUGGGACACAUCUGACAAUAUGUCCCUGAUGAAGAGGAGGCAGUAAGAGAAGGGUCUCCAAGGGUGGAGAUCUCGUUACCUCUCUGCACCUCUCUUCCAUGCUGCAUCUCUCCAAGAUCUUUCUCUGAGGCCAGACGUGCUGUUCUGGUCCCAGUGCAGAUCAGUGGGAGAGGCCAUGGCCAAGACCUUGUGUUAUGAGAUCACCUCACAUCAUUUCCAGGUGUGGGGAAAAGGGACUUUCUCUCCUGCUUCUGAGGGUGUUCCUUACACAUGGAGGGUGGAACCAUUGUUUCCUUGUCUCAGGCUCAGUGAGCAUUUGGCAUGGAAAUCACCCUCCCUUUGUACACUUUUCUUCUUAGUAUUGUUGCUGUUCCUGUUGGUUUUAUGGUAUCAUUGCUGUUUCCAGGGAAUUGUUCUUCUCUCCACCCAUGAUCUUUGCCUUUUGUGCUCUCAACCAGAGGUGGGGGCAGGGGGAGUGAGCAGCAUCUGCUUUGGGAGAGUCUGGGUGGGAGCACUUGAUUGGGGAGCACCAUUCCUGAAACACCACACAUGCUUUCACACCAGAUCCUCCAUUCCAUGGAGAUCCAGCAGGCAUGGACCUUCCCAAGGGAAGGCUUCACCCCAACCGAACUGGUAAGGAGGGAGACUUCAGUGCAGGUGGUGGGUUUGUGGCCUAAACUCAGCUCUUGAAAGAAACCUCCAAGACCAAAGUUGUGAGUUUGAGAAGCCAGGCAUUCUUUUAUUAGGGUGCACUGAAGUGACUCCAGCACGCCGGGUGCCCUGGGAAUCAGUUCCCAAAGUGCACCCAGAGGGAUCCUCACCACAGCUCUGUGAUAGUUUUCACACCGGGCCUUCCUGGAGACCAGCUUGUAACCAGGAAGGAACUAGGAAGGUGACCCAGGAAGUAUUCCAUGCUCUUCCUUCAUGUCACCUGGGGUAUCAAUAAGGCAGAGAUAAGAGGGUUCGCUCUCUUCCUUUGCGGCGAGGUUCGAGAACGGUGGGUGCCUGUCUUGGUCUUGCUCAUGUGGAGCUGAGGCCCACAGUGACUGCUGUUGUCUGCCCCGCGUGAGGGGACAGUGCUGGGCCGCGUCCAGCUGUCCUGCUUCUCUCAAGGGAAGUGGGGAGAUUUUGACAGUUCUUCAGUUUGCUGGUUACCGGGUUUUUAGAUUGUGUAGACCUGUUUUGAUUCUGUCCCUUUUCAUCCUUUUUUUGUCCUUUUUUCCCUUCUCCCUUCCCUUUAGGAAGCUCUUUGGGGUUUCUGGGGUUAUAGGUAUAUAGUAUUUCUCACGGUAUAUAUUUGUUUUAUA